AGUUGUCUCUCAGAGCACAUUGCAGCUCUGAGAGCUCCAAGGAGCAAGGAAGAAGAAGCUUUCCUCCCUCAGCACAAGAGGAUAUGGAAAUGGAGGUCGCCUCCACUCCCACCACCCCAGCGCCCAUCAACUUCUUGCUGCCGGUGGACUCUGAGCACAAGGCCAAGUCUAUCAAGAUCUUCUCCUUUGGCAAUCCACACAUGCGCGUCUUCCAUCUCGGAUGGAUGUCCUUCUUCACCUGCGUUGUCUCCACCUUCGCUGCCGCGCCACUCAUCCCCAUCAUUCGCGACAACCUCAACCUCACAAAGGCCGACAUCGGCAACGCCGGGGUCGCCUCUGUAUCCGGUGCCAUCUUCUCAAGGCUGGCCAUGGGCGCCAUCUGCGACCUUCUAGGCCCGCGAUACGGAUGUGCAUUCCUGGUCAUGCUCUCGGCACCAGCGGUGUUUUGCAUGUCCGUCAUCGAUGGUCCUAGCGGAUACAUCACCAUCCGCUUCCUCAUCGGUGUCUCACUUGCCACCUUUGUGUCAUGCCAGUACUGGGUGAGCACCAUGUUCAACAGCAAGAUCAUCGGGACGGUUGGCGGCUUGACGGCGGGGUGGGGGGACAUGGGUGGAGGUGCCACGCAGCUCAUCAUGCCCCUUGUCUUUGAUGCCAUAUUAGCAUGUGGUGCAACUCCUUUUAUGGCAUGGCGCCUAGCCUAUUUUGUGCCGGGAAUGAUGUUGGUGGUGAUGGGGUUGCUUGUGCUCACCAUGGGGCAAGACCUUCCGGAUGGCAACUUGAGGAGCCUGCAGAAGAAUGGAAACAUGAACAAGGAUAAGUUCUCCAAUGUUCUGUGUGGCGCCGUCACCAACUACCGCACGUGGAUCUUCGCCUUCAUCUAUGGCUACUGCAUGGGCGUCGAGCUCACCACCAACAACGUCAUCGCCGAGUACUACUACGACAGCUUUCACCUCGACCUUCGGGUCGCUGGCACCAUAGCCGCGUGCUUCGGCUUGGCCAAUGUCUUCGCGCGUCCCAUGGGUGGCUACCUCUCCGACCUCGGUGCUCGGUACUUCGGCAUGCGUGCCCGCCUUUGGAACAUCUGGAUCCUCCAGACCGCCGGCGGAGCCUUCUGCCUCUGUCUUGGUAGCGCAACUACCCUUCCCACCUCAAUCACAUGCAUGGUCCUUUACUCCAUCUAUGUCGAGGCUGCGUGUGGUGCCGUCUACGGUGUCAUCCCCUUCGUAUCUCGGCGCUCCCUCGGCCUCAUCUCCGGCAUGAGCGGCGCGGGCGGUAAUGUGGGUGGCGGGCUCACACAGUUCCUCUUCUUCACGUCGUCGCAGUACUCCACAGGUAAAGGACUCCAGUACAUGGGAAUCAUGGUCAUGGCGUGCACUCUUCCCGUCGCGCUCGUGCACUUCCCACAGUGGGGUUCCAUGCUCCUCCCACCCACCACUGGCGCGACCGAGGAGGAGUACUACGCUGCCGAGUGGACGGAGGAAGAGAAGAGCAAGGGCCUACACAACGCAAUCAUCAAGUUUGCCGAGAACAGCGUCUCCGAGCGUGGCAGACGCAAUGCCAUCCUCGCCGUACCUGCCACCCCACCUCACGUCACCCCCCAACACGUAUAAGACUCGAGGGUUUUCUACCUCCCUACCGUGCACGUAUAUAUGCAUAUGUAUAUACACUGUAUACAUACGUGUAUGUUCCUCUAGGGUCUAGGUUUUUGAUGCCCUAUUAAGACGGUGUAAUUUUCCA